AUGUUGCGACGACAGACGCGUUUGCGCCGUGAAUACCUAUACAGAAAGUCUGUAGCAGAUAAACAAAAAAAUAUUAAAUUAAAAAAAGACCAACUCAAACGAAGUUUGGAAGAAAACAUUAAUAUUCAUGGAGAUCUACGAAAGGAAGCACUUGCCUUACAAAAAAGAAUACACUACGAAGAUAAGGGCCCAGAAAGAGCAGCGGUAAUAGGUGGCUUCAGUGGAGGUAGUAAUACGCAAAGUGCACAGGAUGAUGAAUACCGGUAUGCAGGGGUGGAGGACCCAAAAAUUAUGAUUACUACUUCCAGAGAGCCCAGUGCGAGACUUAAAAUGUUCGUUAAAGAACUUAGGUAA